UGGAGACAGAGGUUAGAUCAGAUUUGAUUCAGUUAGUUCAAACUGAUUCUCCUCAGAUUGAAGCAUUUUUUAGAAGCGUUUAAAACUUUGAACGACAGUCGGCCAAACGUAAUCCAGAGAACUACAUUAAGUAAGGUCAAGAGUCCCGAAAAAACUCGGAAGACCAAACUAUUAGACAUUUGAGGAGGGCUUCAACUUCGUACGGGAUAGAGGUUGAUCGCAGAAAUUAACCUACAAUGAAGGAAGGAGAUAGAAGGCAAUCUGUACUGCUUAGUUCCACAUCUGGAAUAAAUAGAUCCAAAGAGUUAAAAAACAACCAGCAAAUAAGGCGAAAAAGGAGGUUUUCAGGUUUUGUAUUCCAGCAGAAAGAUCCCUCUCUUCAACACAGCGGCAAAGGAAUUCGGGUGUUUGAUUCUCAAGGGAGAGAUGUUACUCCUCUGCCCCUGGUUGCCGUCGCUGACGACCCGGAGUCCAAACAUCAAAAACCAUCUCUGGAGGAAGUCCUUUUCAAAACCGGAUCAUUGGUUUUCAAGUCCUCUACACCCUCUGAUAUGGUUUCGUCCAGGAUGCUUGGCAGCUCAUUUGCCAGCUUGCCCGUGGAAUCUGGGUUUCUCUCAAGAAGCAGCAUAACCGACUACAGUUUUCCUCUGCACAACGCUGAUGCUGCUGCUGCUUAUGGCGAAUUCCCACUGAAGCCUGGCAGGUCAGGCGAGCCUGUGGCUCAGGCAUUCGACAUCAUCCUCAGCGAGACGGACACCUUCUCGCUGCUGGACCUGUCCCCCACCCUCAUCUCGGAAGAUGCUGAGGACGCAGACGCGGUGAACCAGAGAAACCGCGUCUACGCCGAGUUUUGCAGUGGUAAAAUGGGCAGUGAUAACUAUCUAGAGCGAUCAUCUCAGGCACUUGUUGGGGAGUCUAAAUGCAAAUACACCCAGACCAAAAAGAACAGCAGUGUCAACAAGGGCACAAUCGCUACUAUCUGGGACAUAUAUGAUUCAUUCUCUAUGCCGAAUGACUUUAGGGAAAUCCGGGAAACUGAGCAGGUGGAUUAUCUCAUGAGCACCAGGAAAGAGCAAGACAGUUCAGAAGGAAGCAUGAGUGGGCACUCAGGCAGUGACGUCAGCUCGGAGGCAGAGCUGGACGCAGAUCUGUUCGUGGUAAAAACUGAGCCAGACUUAGAAAAGAUCCUGUUGUCGGAAGCUUUCAUGAACAGCGCGUUGGUAAUGGAGAGGGUGAUAGUGCUGAACAUUUUUCAGCCUCAGCUGGCUGCCUUCAGAGGGCUGCGUGUCCUGAAAGACCCGGACAGCGAGGUCAGGCCUGGCUCUGAGGAACACAUUAGAGAGAAGAAAGACAAGUAUUUAACGCCAACGUUGGAGCCUCUCUGGACCUUCGUCAGCCCCCUGACCAGAGGACACAGCAUCACCAGCAUGGCAUGGAACAAAAAGAAUCCAGACAUCCUGGCAGUAGGCUACGGAAGCUGGUCCUCAGUCAACCCACAACCAGGUCUCAUUUGCUGCUGGUCUCUAAAAAACCUUAUGUGGUCGGAGCGAGUGUUUCCCUGCCAUAACAGUGUGACGUGCCUGGAGUUCUCUUCCAGCAACCCCAGCCAUCUGGCCGUGGGGAUGUACGACGGCUCCGUCGCCAUCUACAACGUUCAGGUCGGAGACCACACGGCGUGCAUCGCCGACAGCCGUGACUGUGCUAAGAGGCACAUGCAACCGGUGUGGCAGGUCACCUGGACCAAACAACAGCUGCAGCUAUCGGGGGAAGAACGAGAAGAAGUUCUAGUGUCCGUAACAGGAGAUGGCAGGAUCACCAAGUGGCUCAUCCUGCACAAUGGUUUCAACUGCGUAGACCUGAUGAUCUUGAAAAGGAGUCAAGGUCGUAAACAGAGCAUCGGAGGAGGCCAGUCGAAGACUGAAAAUGUGCUGCUACCACAGACUACUGUUCUUUGCAUUGACUUCCAUCCAGACGACACUGGGAUCUAUGUGAUCGGAACGUGGGACGGCGGCUUGCACAAGUGCUCUCUGUCCAACAGUGAUCAUUUUCUGGACACAUACUGUAAACACCCUUCCCCAGUGACGCAUAUCGAGUGGUCGCCUCUUUAUUCAGACGUGUUCCUGAGCAGCUCUUCAGACGGGACGAUUCAGCUGUGGAAGCUGGACACGCUGAACCCCAAAAUGAGCUUCACGUCAGUGCAGAGCAUAGUGGACAGCGUCAAGUGGUCCCCAAACUCCUGCACGGUGUUUGCAGCCAUCUACAGGCAGCAUGUGGAGGUCUGGGACCUCAGCAGAAGCAUCAUGCUGCCCACUGUGGUGCACCACGCCGAGCCCGGCUUGACGCUGUCGUCCUUACUGUUUGCCAAAGGCUCAGACAGCGUUUUGGUUGGGGACAGUCGGGGUGAGGUGACUGUGUACAAGCUGAAAAACUUCAGAGUCGGGAAAGGAAAAAAGGUGUUAAAUCUGGAUGACGUCAUGGCGUCUGUCGCCGGGUACGUUGACUGAAGAACCACCAUGUAAGAACGGAAUCUAGUUGUUACUUGAAAUAUGUGGAGUUUGUGGUCAUUCAAAGACUGGCUUUUUUUUUAUUAUUAUUAAAACUUACAAAGGUUUGUGUUCUCAAAUGUUAAAUUGAAGAUAGAAAGGCACAAAAUAAACAUAUCAUUUAACAGUUUCA